GGGGACAGCGGCCCCUGACCUUCAAGAACACAACCUGUGAGCAAUUCACUUCUUAUUCACUGUGUUUUGUCAUUCAACAUGAUGUUUCUCAUUGCUUUUUCUUUAUUUAUUGUGUGCAUGACAGCAGAAGAUGAAGUCCUCCCCAGACUGAAUGAUGUUGAAUCAGCUGAAGUUUUCAUUGACUCCUCUGAAGUGUCUGUAGUUGGGUUCUUUGAGAAUGAUGAAGCUCAUGGGUACAGUGAGUUUAUAGCUGCAGUUAAACAGAUUGAGACGCUGUCUGCUGCUGUAUGCACUGAAAAGGAAGUUUGGGCCAAAUAUGGCAUCGUUUCUGACACCAUCUCCAUAUUCAGAAAGGCUGAUGUCUUUCAGAAGAACCUGCAGAUUGCAGAGGCUAAGAAACUGGACACUGACGGUCUCGUGCGCUUUCUGAUCAUCAAUGACAUUCGCUAUAUCACCGAGUACAAUCAAGUGUCUGCAGUGGGUUUGUUUCAGUCAGAUGUGAUGACGCACCUGCUGCUCCUGACCAACAGAGGGAGCUCUGAUCCGCUACAGGAGAAACUCAGGGCUCUUGCACCCAAGUACUCUGGCAAGAUAUUGUUUGUGCUGGUGAAUGGAGGUGAUAAAUCUAACGCUCGCGUGCUGGAAUACUUCAGCCUGAAGUCCCGUGACCUGCCCCGCAUUGGCAUUUAUGACAUAGAGUCAGAUCAGAAAUGGCUCCUGCCGCAGGGUGAAAUCUCUACUGAGCGUGUGCAGAACUUUUGUGAUUCUUUUCUGAGUGGAGACCUGCAGAAGCAGACAGAGACUGAAAGACCUGAAGACAAAACUGAACUUUAACACGACUGAUCCAUCCUUACAAUCAAUAAAACAUGUUUUACAUAAAAUAAAA